CCCGCUCCGCGCCGUCAGUGCCGUGUCUAAUUCUAUGUUGGGAGGUCGCGCCGCUCGAAUAGUAAAAAAUCACACUAGACAAUUUGAAUACGACCAUAAUGCCUCCCAAACGGGCAUUAUGGUCUGAAGAAGACCUGGUGUCAGCAGUUCGAGCUGUUCAAAUGGGAAUUCUGGAUUCGGACGAUGAAGACGAUGUGCCGCUCUCUCUGCUGAACAAAAAAACGCCUUUUUACCAACUUAUGCCAACACCAUUGAAGAUUACACAAAAAACACCGACGACGACGAUUCGAAAAAAAGCAAUUAAUUACAGAGGGACACCGAUUACAAAAGAUAUUUUUGAAAAUAAUAAAAAGAAAGCGAAGAAAACUGAAGCAAAAAAGAAGAAUGAUAUCUCGCAGCAGGAAAGAGGGUGGUACUGCCAUGCUUGCGAAGAAGAUAAGAUGGCUGACAUGCGAAAAUGCGAAAAAUGUGGAAAAUGGUUCCAUGAAAAAUGUGUUGCCCGUCACGGGCGGGGCGCCAGCGCGCGCAGCUCGUGGCAGCGCCACACCCAGUCGGCGCGCACGCGGGUCCCGCCACCGCCGCCGCCCCCGCCCCCGCCCCCGCCUCCGCGCCCGCCGCCCGCCGCGCCCAGCACGAAGUCCGGUUCCGCGCCCGCCGCCGGCUGCUGCGACCACGGAAGGAAAAAAGCAAUGGAAGGGUCUUAA